AUGAAAAAAAAACAAUUAAAAGAAUUAAUUCAAGAUACAUUAUCACCAGCUUCAUAUGAAUUUUGGGACGAUUUUUAUGAAGAUGGACUGGGUAAGGGCGAACAGUACGAAUGGUACAUCCACUAUAAUCAAUUAAAGAACCAUCUAUUGGAAUUGGUCAAGGAUAAAGAUAGAUUAUUGCACAUCGGAUGUGGCAACAGCUUUUUAGCGGAGGAUUUAAUAGAGGACACAGAAUCAAUACACAUCGAAAUACUAAACAUCGAUGUAUGUGACAAUGCCAUCGAAAGAAUGGUCGAAAGAAAUCAAAAAAUAACUAAUCAACGUGUAAAAAAUAGUUUAAUUUAUAAAGUUGCCGAUGCCACCCAAAUGGUCGAUAUCAAAGAUGGCCAUUUCAACGGUGUAAUCGAUAAAGGCACUGCUGAUGCAUUACUCUCAACAUUGGAGUUGGAAACUGGUGAAAACGAAAUGGUAAAAUUAUUAUUGCGUGAAAUGUAUCGUGUAUUAAAUAAAGAGAAUGGUUGGUUUAUCUGUGUAUCCAGGAACACUUGUUUAGAGCCUUAUUUUUAUCAAGAUGACCAAGCAGAAUGGGAUUUAAAAAAAAUAGAUUUAACAACCAAUUCAUCAAAAGGAAAAGGAAUCCAACAGGUAAAUUAUAUAUAUUUAGCAAAACCUUUACAAUUAUCAAACGAUUAA